CCGUGAGGAGACAGAGGGCGCGGGGGCCGUGGGGGCCCGCGGAACUGCCCUGCCGAGCCCAUCCGAGGAGCCGGCCCGGAGACGGUCCGGACAAGAGGGGUCGGAGGGCCUGACUCGAGCGCCCGGCGGAGCGCAGCGGUCAGCAAGGAGGGCCAACACCAGCGGCUCCGGGGACAGCCACUAUGUCCUCCACCGUUAACAACGGAGCAGCCAGCAUGCCGUCCCCGCCCGAUGCUGCAAACGGCUUCCCGCAGCCGGGCGCCUCAUCGGGGAGCUGGCCACGGGCCGAGGAGGACCUGCGGGCCGCCGAGCCAGGCCUGGUGAAGCGCGCACAUCGCGAGAUCCUGGACCACGAGCGCAAGCGGCGUGUGGAGCUUAAGUGCAUGGAGCUGCAGGAGAUGAUGGAGGAGCAGGGGUACUCCGAGGAGGAGACCCGGCAGAAGGUCAGGACUUUCCGGCAGAUGCUGAUGGAGAAGGAGGGGAUGCUCACCAGAGAGGACCAGCCUGGAGGCCGCGUCGUGGCGGAGACCCCGCGGCUGCUCGAGGGCGUCGAGCCGGGCCUGGAGUACGCGCCCUUCGACGAAGACGAUGGUCCGGUGGACUGCGACUGCCCGGCCGCCUGCUACCGUGGGCACCGGGGGUACAGGACCAAGCAUUGGUCCAGCAGUUCGGCCUCGCCCCCUCCCAAGAAGAAGAAAAAGAAAAGCGGCCACCGGAGGAGCCGCAAAAAGAGGAGACUAGACUCCGAGUGCAGCUGCGGGAGCUCCUCACCCCUGCGCAAGAAGAAGAAGAGUGUGAAGAAGCACCACAGAGACAGGUCUGGUUCUGGGUCCAGGAGAAAGAGACGGCACAGAUCUCGGAGCCCCAAGAGCAAAAGAAAAGAGAAGAACAAAGAGAGGAAGAGGCCACAGGAGUCUGCAGGCCGGAGGUCCCACCACCACAGCAGCAGAAGUUCCCACAGCCCCUCACUCUCCUCCCAGGACAGUGAUUCCAGAUCACCGAGCAGGCUGAGCCCCAAGCACCGAGAGGAAAGUCGGAAGACAGGCAGCCAGCAGUCGAGCGGGAGCCGAUCCCCUUCCCCGUCGGGCGGCAGCGGCUGGGCGUCGCCCCAGCAGAACGGAGGCAGUGGGCAGAGGAGCGGAGCGCGUGGGGGCCGCCCGGACUCGGCGCAGAGCCCGCCCGAUAAGCCCAGCUCGCCCUCGUCCAGGGUUGGCGACCAGGCGGAGGCCGGCGCAGCCACGUCGCCCGCGCGGGGGAAGGACAGCGCCAGCCCGCGCUCGGUGCCGUCGUCGCAGGGCCGAGGAGACCGCGCGGCGGGCGGACGCGCCAGGCGGCGGCGGCGGCGGCGGCGGCGGCGACGGCGGCGGCGCUCACGGUCCCCGACGUCCGCGCCCCGCCGCAGGGGCCGCCGGCGCGGCCGACCCGCGCCGCCCCGAGGGUCGUCGCGUUCGCUCAGCAGCGAGUCGGGCGGCGGCGGCGCGGCGCCCGGCCCCGAGCCCGGCUCGGAGCGAGGCCACGGCGGGCACGGUAAACGGGCCAAGGAGCGGCCCCCGCGCGCGCGGCCGGCCAGCACCUCCCCGUCCCCAGGUGCGCACGGCCGGCACGGCGGCCCGGACGGGAAGAGCUCGUCGCGCAGCCCCGGCCCCAACCCGCGCUCCUGGAGCUCCAGCCGUUCGCCCUCCAAAUCCCGCUCGCGCUCGGCGGAGAGGAGGGCCCGCAGCCCCAGCCGCUCACCGUCGCCCAAGAAACCGCUGGGCCGGGACAAGGACGGCGAAGGCCGCGCGAGGCACGCGGACGCCGAUGCCGCCCGUGCCCGGCGCCGCUCCCGCAGCUAUUCGCCCAUCCGCAAGCGUCGCCGGGACUCGCCCAGCUUCAUGGAGCCGCGGCGCAUCACCAGUGCCCGAAAACGGCCCAUCCCCUACUACCGGCCCAGCCCCUCCUCCUCCUCCUCCAGCUGCCUGAGCAGUGACUACUCCAGCCGCAGCCCCAGCCGCAGCCCCAGUCCUGGCCACAGCCACGGAAGCUACAGCAGCCACAGUCACGGGACCCGAAGCCGCACACGCAGCCCCUCCCGGACCCUCAGUCCCAGCUACCACAGCCGGAGCAGCUCAGAAAGUGGGGGCUUCUGAGCCCUUAGAGACCUAGCUUGGUGCCCCCUGGCACAGGCAGAGGCAAGGGGUCAGGCCCCAGGACCCAUGGGGAGGCCUGCACCCUACCGCUGCAAAGAGGUCCCAGGGCCAGGGAAGACCUUGAGGUGGGUGCCCUGCAAACAAGGAGAAGCUGGGUUCUGUUACUUCUGGAAGGUCCCUACCCCCUCCUGCUGCCUGACCACGAUGUCCAGGGAACAAAGAGCCUUUUUGAACACAGGGAUCAUUCUGUCCCCCGCUUCUUGCUUGAUGCCAGCUCACCAGGCUAGAGAUCUUAGCUCAGUGGACCCAGGGACACCUCCAAAGGUGCCAAUCCCAGGAGCCUCCCCUACCUACUUCACAGGGCCCUUGGCCCAUCACUAGCACUAUGCGGGCAAGGAGGUGGGAGAGCAAGCAGGAUAUUAGUUAGAAGAACGGACUAACCCUUGGUGUACCACCAUCCAGGCUGGGGAGCUGCUUCCUUCUGAGUCGGCUAUAGGAGGACCCUGGCCCCGUAGCCUCCCCAGCCCCUUCCCCAGGCCCAGGAGUGCCAGGAGGGGACCGGGCACUCACUCCCAGUCCUGCCUCUCCUUGCCGGGUCAGUCUGUCCCCUCUGGCCUUCACCUCGUGCUCUGGGCCAAGGCCACACCAAACAGGCCUUCUGCAUGACAAUAGAUGGGCCACACACACACCACAACUGAGUGUGACUGAGAUGAAAAGGGGUCCGGGUCAGGAGGUGGAAGAGAGCAGGGCGGGUGGAGGAAGAGCCUGUGAGAAGAGGGGAGAAGCAGUGCAGCCUCGUGGCUGAGCAGGCCCUGGUGUCCCCACGUGCCCCUUGUCUGGGAUGUGGGCCAGAUGGCAGGCAGCACAGCGUCACAGGCGAGGAUCAUGUGGGCUUCAGGGCCUGCCCGAGGGAGCGCUUUCUCCUCAGGGUUUCGUGGGGGUGCGGCCAGCCAAGGCUUCCCAGAGAAGGGUGCUAUAGCCCUUGGAAGAAAGGGUAGGAUCUAGACUGAGGACCUUGGCCUAGGGCAUGGACAGGAGGCAUGGUCCCCCGCCCUCUUCUGCUGCUCCCAGCCCCCUCCUCCUGGGGCCCUCAGGGAUCUCACAAAGUCUUCCUUGGCCCAGUAGGGCACAUGCCCUGGGCUCCGGUGGGGGGAGGGGUCUGGGAUCUGGUCCGGGUUCCCCCUCUCUACUUUCCACUCCCUUUUUUUCCGCGGUGCGGAUAAAACUUGGGACUCUAAUAAAACACUCAGUGCCCAAAGGGCAGGUG